AAAGAGCAUUUCCCAAUGGCGAAAGGUUGGUUCAGAGACCUCCUAAUUCCGCUGAAGCCGACCGAGUCAGCGCCCCCGGCGACUUCCCGCGAAACCUUCUUCUUCCUCCCUUUACUCCGCCUGUACCUUUUCUUUUUCCCUCUCUUCUGUCUCGAUUAUUUUCUCCCCUUCGAUCUCCGCGCUGUUGUUUUGAAUGGCUACGGUUGUUAUCUGAUCCUCCCGGCGUUUGAUGAAUUGCUUCGAACCUCGGUGCCGACGAAGCUCAGGAUUGGAAGCGAUAUCAAUUUCCGAAUUCUUGAGCUUUUGUUUUCUCUCCCAUCUCCUCGUCGUUACAUUACCUCAUUUGAUCCUCCUCCUUUUGUUUUCCACGGCCUCCUUUUCUCUUAUUUUUGUCUAAUCCGCCUCUCUCUUCAUCUUAGCGUCCAGGUUUUUAAAAUAAUCUAUCCAUUUAUAAAGCCGUUGCUCAAGACGCUAGCGAUUUACCUGGAAAAUAAGAGUAAUUGUUCAGUGGCUUUGGGGCACCACGUGGCGGUGGCACAAACUGUUCUCUGCCACACAAAUGUGUCGGGAUCACACCAAUGUGUAGUGAAGAAAGAGUUUGGGGCACCACGUGGCGGUGCCUUGGCAUUGAAUAAUUUUUUGGGAAAUAAGGGCAUAAUUUCAGACUCGUUGAAACCCGGGAGGGCGAAAAACAGGGAAGAAAAACCAUUGGUGGAUUUUGAUGCUACAAACAACAGGGCAUGUCAGAGCGGCCUUGUCUCUAACUCAGAGGAGACAAAUGCGAGAGAGGCAUCAAAGGGACUGUGCAUGACGGAGGGUGUACUUAGUUUAGUUGGUUCAACGACAAGAAUACCAUCCACGGAUAGUGAUGCUCCAGGCGACAGUGCUCAUCUCGUGAGGGCAAAUCAGAGCGGCCCUAUUACUCUUUAUUCAAAGGAGAAAGAUACGAGUGAGGGACUAAUCGGAGAAUGCUUAACUGAGUGUGUACUUAGUUUGGAUGAUUCGACAAAACGGAAAUCGUUUCCGGAUUUCGAUGCUACAGAAAUCAAAGCACAUCUUGUGAGCGCAUAUCAGAGUGGCCCUGUUGUGUCUCUUUCAGAGAAUAAAAAUGAGGGAGAGGCAUUGAAGAGAGAAUGCAUUACUAAUAGUAUACUUGGUUUAGAGGAUCUUCAACAACAUUGUGGUGGUAGACCUGAUGCUGCUGCAAAGAGCUUUCGCGCUAUCUAUGAUCUGGGAUUGCACACGACAGAUUCCCUUACUCGGAAGUCAUUCCAAGUACUAGAAACUCUUAGGCCCCGGGAACAGCAGAGUAAUGCCACAGACACAGACCAAGAAAGACAGAUUCAGACACAAAUGUGUCAUGAAUUAUCUGAUGCACGUGGGGCCCACCGAAUACAUUUGGACAGAUACAUCGGACGGUUCCGGACACAUCUAUGUCCGAGUUUGUGUCACUCUGUUUGUAUACGUAGCAUUUUUGGGGAGCAGUCUAAUGACCUUGUGCCCUUAUUGUCACUGAGAAGAUUAACGCUUAAGAGUUGUGUACGACAAGACAAAUCACCAUGUUUUCCACGACUUCUGCAAAUCAACGCGGUUGACAAAGGACUGACACAAUCGCCCAGAUACUCAGGAGGAUUGACUGCUCAGUCUGCUAGCUCAUCAUGUUGGCCUAUCGGCUUACAAGAUGGAGCACACAUCGUGCUGCUUGAUCCAUUAAAACAAUCUGCAAAAAAUGUACCACAUGCGGCCAGGCAAGAUCAGUGCUCUCUUACAGUCUCUCUUCGAGAGAAGAAAAUGGUGAGAAGGACAUUAAAGAGAAAGUACAGAACUAUUAGUGUAAUCUUUGAGUAUCACCAACAAUAUUUUGGCAGAAGAUGCGAAGGCGCUGCGAAGAGCUUUGGUGCGACGCGGAACUGUAGGAAGCAUGGAAUUCGUCAGGUAUCUACAGUGAAGUGCAUCCAUAAGCAACACUGGAUCCAUCGGUGGCCAUUUCGACAAAAAAGGGCAACAAGGAAUGGGUAUUCCUUGAGAGAUGAAAGACCAUUUGGAGGUAGCAAGCUAUCUAUGGAUGAGAAACUUGAUUCAAGGCUUCUAUUUAUCCAUAUGUCCCAGUUUACUAGAUCGUCACCUCAGCCUUUAGACUUACUAGAUGGAGGCGUGAUUGUCGGGCCUAUAGCCUUAUCAUCAAGUGAAUUUGCUGCUGCAAACAACAGAGCACACUUUGUCAGACAAGAUCAAAUCAGCUCCACUGCCUCUUGUCGUGAGGGGAAAAGUGCAAGGGAAACGUUAGACCGACAAGGGAUAACUAUGAGUUUAUGUAUUGUAGAUGAUCUCCAACAACAUUUUGGCGGUAAACAUAAAGAUGUUAUGAAGAGACUUGGCGUCAACAUAUCCAUGUUUAAUAGCACCUGUAGGCUGCACCAGUUCUAUUGGCGGCCAUGUUGGAAUGAAAAGAAUGAACAAGUAUUUGAUGCUAGAAACAACAGAACACAUCUUGCCAAAGCAGAUCAGAGCGGCCCCACUAUGUCAAAUUCAAAGAAGGAAAAUACAAGAGAGGCAUUAAAGAGGGAAUACGUAACAAGUAGGGUCCUUAGACACUUAGUGCGACAGAGAACACUAACACACAAGCAUUGCGUACGAAGAAAGAAAUCACAAGAUCUGUCACGAAGUCUGUAAAUGGACUGCUCAGGAGGAUUGGGUACUCAGAAGUCUACUAGGUCUUUGCGUUGGCCUCUCGGCUUACCAGAUGGAGGACCCAUCGUAACUCAUUCAGAAAAAAAGAUUGUGAGAAAUACAUUUAAAAGGAAGUGCAGAAGUACGAGUGUUAGUUUUGA